AUGGAAGCCUCGGCGGAACUUCGAGAGAAGCUUGCCAGACAGGCGCUGCGAGCUGAAGGUGCAGUCCCCUUUGGGGACGAGUCGCGGUUCUCGCACCGAACAUCCUGGGGCAAGCUCGAGCAUACUGGCCUGGUUCGCGGCCGAAUAGCAACAUUCGAUCGCAGGCGAACCGCUGAUGAUUGGACCCUCGGCAGAUCGCGGCGUCGCACUCGAAGCGAAGACGUAGCGGAGUCACGAGGAGGCGAACUCCCGACAGCCGACACUCGGGUGAGGCGCUCGCUGACGCAUACGCCUGCCGCUUCGUCGUCAGGCUUUGACUGCCAGGAGGCGGGAGCACGUCCCCUACGCGCUGCCAGCGCGGACUCUGUGCUGAGGUUUCCCGGAGGCCAGCGAGGCCAAGAUCUUGCAAGCUUGGACCGAGACGCGAUCAAGGUCGUCCUGACAAAGGGCCUGCAAGUGAAGACCCGAGUCCAGGACCCGUUGCCUGAAGAGAACUGA